AUGAACUUCGCGAAGAAGACGCAGUACAACAUCAAGGUGGACAUCCACGAAGUGAAGGACCUGAGCUUCCGCGAAAGCGCCAACGAAAAGGAAAUCAUCCCCAACCCCUACGUCCAAGUGACCGUAAAUAAUGAAAAGAAAUGCACGCCGAAGAAAAACCAAGCGGUGAACGUGGUAUAUAACACGUCCUUCAACUUCUCCAUGGAUUUGACUGACUAUCAUUUCCAGCGAACCAGUGUGGACGUGUGUGUUUUGCACAAAUACACCAUCCAGAGUGCCCUCAUUGGGAAAUGCUCCUUCGGGUUAAAUUACGUGUACUCUAAGGUGCAGCACUGGAUGUAUAGAAUUUGGGUGCGGUUGAGAAACCCAGAUUUGCCCCUCGAUGAGGUUGGCUUUCUGCUCAUUUCCGUGGGGGUCUACGGCCCCGGCGAUUCAAUUCCGAUCAUCAACGAUAGUGUGAAGGGGAAUAUAAGCGACGCUGUGGGGGGGGCGGAUGUCGGUGGGUUGGCAACCGGCGAGGGUCCCUCCUCUGGCGCUGCGGUUGCUUCCCCCGGAAGAGAGGGAGACGAUGACCACGCCGAAUUCGGAGCGAACAAAGGGCUAGACAUACACAUCACCCACUACGACCUCUGCGUGAACAUCUUCCGAGGGCAGGACAUGGACUUCAUCGGGAGCAGCAUGCUGUUUUCGAGUACGUUAGAGCCGUACGUAAAGGUCACCCACAACGGGUUCGAGGAGAGCACAAAGGUGAUUAGGAACGACCCCAACCCGGUGUGGAACCUCAGUGUGCACAUCCCCACGUGCACCCCAUGCUACGACAAGAACGUAAUCAUUGAAUUGGUGAAUGGAGAGCAUAACGGGGUGGUGAUGCUCAGCGUUUUGCUAGACCUGUUUGAAAUUUUGAAACGGGAGCUGCACCCAAGAUGGUACAACAUAUACUACAACCCGCAGAAUCAGAUUGCCCCGAGAAGUAGUAUUUAUAACCAGAACGUCACUCCUAAUGCACCCAAUGUAAGUAACACUGGCAAUGCCCCGACAUCCGCUAAUGCACUAGGGAAUUAUCUCUUCUCGGCGACGGCGGAAAAGUUGUUCAAAAAUGCAACACAAGGAAUUAAUAUUAAUGAAAUUCUGGGAGUUACCAAAAUGCAAAACAUGUUUUCUUACGACGAAAAUUUGAAGGAGUUCUACCUCUACGGGGGGAGGAUCCUCCUCAGCGUAAGUGCCACCAAAACGCAUGCACCGGGGCCUAUACGCAUCAAAGCAGCGAGGGUAGAACCGGACCCACCCAAUAAGGAAUUCAUCUUCUGCGCCGACAUCUACGAAAUAUUGUCCGUAAGGAGUAACCACAGCAAAGGGGGGAACUACCACUCAGAGAGUGUGCAAGGGGGAUAUAACAAAACGUAUGAUGGCAGUGGGGAUAGCAUCGUUUGCGUGUGCGGGUUAGGUCCACACAAACUGAAGACACCUGUGCUGCUGCCAAACGAGGUAGGGUCGUACGUGCUGAACGAGAGCACCGGAAGGAUAAAUGAGUUUAGGAUCUUCCUACCACAGAGUAAUAUGGGCCAAAUAUAUGACAUUUUUCUUUACAUCUACGUGAAGUCAAACUUAGCCGUAACGGAUUGGAUAACCACCCGGAGGAGCGUCUACAGCCCUGGGGGGACACUACACAACAGUAGGGACAUGUUCAACACAGGGGAGGCAAACAAGGGGAUGAAGCUGAACCAGAUGAGCUCCAUAAAUAAGCGGGCGGAAGAUCUUUUCAACGAAUCGGACCCUCUAAGCAAUUACAAAUUAAAGAGUUACGUAAGAAUCCCUUUUAAGUACCUACUCCUUAGUGAGAAAAGGCCCAAAUGGUUUUCCAUGAGGAAUGUGGACACUAGUACCCAGGAUUAUAGCAUCUCGUUCUACGCCAACCUGGUUCCCUUUCACUUGUUUAAGAAAAGGCAACCGCGAUUGGAAUACAAGCUGGCUAGGUACUUCUUCCGAGCGUUAAUCUACGAAGGGUUGCACUUCCCCGCCAAGGGCUACGACUCCUUUCCGGAUCCCUACAUAAGGGUGGAGCUCGCAGGGCAGACCAUAAAGACGAGUACCAUCUUGCACACCCUCAACCCGAAUUAUUACGAGGCGUACGAAGUGGAGGUGAUUCUUCCAACUAACUUGAAUCUCGCCCCGGACAUAUCGAUUGAGGCCUUUUCUGUUAAUAAGACGUUCCUCUACAAUGAUGAUGAUAUCCUCCUAGGCUCCUGUACGUACCCCAUCAUGAAGGUCCCCAUCGAAUGGAAGCGGUCUCCUGUUUGGGUUAGCCUGAAAUCGUCUCAGUAUAAGAAGUGUAAGGCGAAGCUCCUGGUUGGGUUCGAGUUGGUACCCUUGGAGAAGGUCCUAGACGAGAGCUACCCCUUUUAUGAUGACAUAAGACCGUCUACUUUGCCGGGGCACGUGUCUCUCUUCCUCGUUGGCAUACGCAUGUUCAAACCGUUAAAGAACCCCUCCGUGACCGUCUGCUUCGGGAGAGACGUCGACGAUACGUCGCAGUUUCUGUGGCAUGAAACCGUUAGUAAGGUCAUCUCUGGGAAGGAGGGCAAUUGGAACUUCCUUAAGUACUUCUCCCUAGAUGUGGCUUUGCCCAAGCGGAUGCAACACCAUAGCUUUUUAGAAGUUCGCGUAGAGGAUAGGGAACUCUCUUCUGGGUUCACGUCCACAGGGGGCAAUGCCUCCCAGCCAGCCAAGGCCACCAACAAUAACAGCCUGAUCGGCACAGCGUACAUCACGCUGAACCCGUUACUUCCAUGGCUAGACAAAUACGAAAGGAACGAGUGCGUCGAGCUUUUCAAAUUGCAUCUGCUGGAGGAGGUUCUAAUGGAAGAUGCAGAGAGGGCACGCAAAUCUUAUAACAGUGCUCUGGUGUAUAAGAAGAGCUCCAUGGUUUCGAGGAAAAUUAGCAAUGGGCUGUUUGAUGGCGGGGGAGGAGAAGAGGAAGGGUUGGGGGUCACGGAUGAUGAGGGGGGAGAAGGAGGAGAGGAUGGCUACGGACGGGGCGAUGGCGGCGGAGGGGGGGGGUUCCACGCCUUGUCUCUGAAUGUGCUGGAGGAGGGCGCGUCCGAGGCGGGCGACACGGGGGCGGAUGACGAGGUCGUCACGGAGGCGGCCAUCGAGCUGGGCGGGCCGGACCUGGACGAGGGCGAGGGCGACGAGACGGUCCGCACGGGGAGCCACGCGGGGGGGGGCAGCCUCGAUAAGGACGACAAGAGGGAGGCCAAGAAGGGCAAGAAGAACGACGAUGGUGCCGCUCACCUUGACGAUAGCGCCGCUCACCUCGACGAUGGUGCCGCUCAACGCGAUACCCCCGCUCCCCGCGAUGCCCCCCCUAGCAGGAAGAAAAGGAAGAACCUGAGCAAAUUCACCAACAAGGAGUACGUCCCCUACAACGACCCCGAUUUCGCGAACGUGCGGAUAGAGGAGGCGCUGGAGCACGUGUGCUUCAAGGCGAGCGAGUACGCGAGCGACCCGGGGGGGAGUGCGGAGGAGAACGAGCAGGGAGAGAAGGACAGCAACGCGAGCGAAAGGAGGAGGAGCAAGCUUAGAGACAUCAGCUUUUUCAAAGGGAAGAACUACGACGAAGGGAAGGAGAAAAAUCCUCAUCAAAUGGGGAAAAAAAAAGAGACAAAAACCAUAUACGGGUUCAGCCAAGAUGCACUGAACUUCCAACUAUCUAUCGCGGGAGAUGACGAGCAGGAGGAGACACAGAGAGAUGAGAUGCUUUACGAGUACGAAGUAGAUAUGAAUGUAGAUGACCUACCCUACCUACGAGCCACCAUAUUUAGAUGCACCGAUUCGGGGAUACCAGAAGCGGUAGGCUACCUCAAGUACCUCUGCAAUGUGUAUGACGAUAGCACCAUUCACCUUAAAAAGGAAAUGUUAAAAAAAUGUGAGCAGUUGGUGAGUGAGUAUAAGCUGACUCGUAACUUAGUGGUGAGAGCUUACAUCAUCCAAGCGAGGGGGUUGAAUCCUCCCUCUGGAGCAACCGAUAUAACUACCUACGUGUGGAUUAAGAACAGCAAUGAAAUCACCAACAUCCCUGGAGGGCUGUCCCACAAUAUUAAAGAUACGGGGCAUAUUAAGAGACAAGGGUACAAGCCCGAAUUUAACAGAUCCUACCAGCUGUUGUGCUCCUUCCCAGAUGAAUCCAUCAUACAGGUAUGCAUCAUGAAUCAAGGCGCUCUAUCAGAUGAGGUCAUUGGCUACACAUACAUAGAUGUAGAAGACCGGUACUUUAACCCUCGCAUAAGGCAACUGAUGAUGGAUGACAGCAUGCCAAUAGAGUUAAGGUCCCUUAAAUUAGAAAACAGUAACAUCUCCCAUGGGUCGCUAAGAUGCUGGUUUGAGAUUUUCACUGAAGAAUUCGCUCACAGGAACCCAGUAAAGAUCUUAUGCUCUAACGAACCAGAUGACUACCAAUUGAGGGUAGUCAUCUGGAAGGUCAGCAACGUUCCUCUGGAUGAUAGCCCCACCAUUAGUCUCUUCGUCAGAUGCAUCUACACAGACGACGAUUUGGAAGACAAGCGAGAUACAGAUACCCACUAUAACAGCAAGGACGGGAAGGCCGUGUUCAACUGGCGAUUCGUUUAUAACGUGAAGAUCCCCACCAACGCCACCAGCGUCAAGGUGCAGGUGCACAACUACGCCCUGCUCUCCUCCAGCGAGCCCAUCGGCGAGGCCACGCUCGACCUCGCCGCGCACUUCUACCGCGCCAGGAAGAAGCGCGCCCUCUACCACAUCCCCAGGUUCUGGCUGCCGUGCAAGCACCCCGCCCACAAGAACAAGGUGCGCGGCAGCGUCGAGGUCGAGGCGUGCAUCCUGCCCAAGGCGGAGGCGGAGGUCGACCCCGUGGGCAACGGCCGGGACGAGCCCAACAAGGACCCCUUCCUCCCCCCCGUCACGGAGAACAGGACCUACGUCGACUGGGUCACCAUCAACGAGAAGUUCGGGGCCGCCACGGCGUCCAUCAUGCACGGCCUCAAGUGGACAGGCGUCUGGAUCGUCGUGGCCGUCGUCGUCGUCGGUGUGUUUUUCCUGCUCUUCCUUUUGAAGUGA